AUGGACUCACGGUCUAGCCUGCUGGGCGGCGGCGCCGUGAAGAACGUCAUCAAGACGGAGAACAAGAAAUUCACACUCAAGAUCAAGAAAGCUGCGCCCAAGCCCACCGAAGCGGGCAACUGGAAGGAGAGCGACGCGAAGAAUGUCGACUGCAAGCCUGCCUCGACGGGCUCGCCGGUCGUCAACCCGCUCGACGAGAAGACGCUCGCGGGAUUCCAGACCGGCCGCCCCCUGGACGACAAGGUCGACACGAUACAAUGCAAGCACUGCCGGCGGCCGAUACUGCGCGCGGCGUCAGCAACACACAUCCGCGACUGCCUGAACAAGAAGGCCGACAAGCAGCGGAAGAAGAAGGAGGCCAAGGAGGCAAAGGACGCGGCGCUGCGCAAAGAGAAGGGCGAGGACGACGACGACAUCCGCGCGCGCAAGUCUGCGAUCAAGGGCCUCGAGCCGGGCGCCAAGAAGGGCAAGAAGCGCAAGAUCGACGGCGACUCGGAGAAGCCCGGCGCAAAGAAGAAGAAGAAGGACGAGCCCAAGGCCAAGGGCGCGAAGCCCAAGGGCCCCGUCGACGUCGAGCGCCAGUGCGGCGUGCCGCUCCCCAACGGCGGCUUCUGCGCCCGCAGCCUGACCUGCAAGUCGCACAGCAUGGGCCUGAAGCGCGCCGUCCCCGGCCGCAGCCUGCCCUACGACAUGCUGCUGGCGCAGUACCAGAAGAAGAACCAGGCCAAGCAGCAGCGCGCCGCCAUCGACGCCAACGCCCCGCUGCCCGAAGACCUCGAGCCCUCGGGCGCCGUCGACUCGGACGAGGAGAAAGACGCCAUCAUGGCCGCGCUCGCUCGCCACAAGCCCCGGCCCCUCGCCGCCUACACCCACGUCUCCCAGCGCUCAAAGUACCAGUACAUCCGCAUGAAGGACAUGAUCCGGUCCGCGCUGGGUGCGCCGCCCGCCGCCAAUCCCUUCGGCAACCCGCCCAGCGCCACCGACGGCGGCAUGGGGCUGCGGCUCGGCGGCAUGGGCGCGCCGCCGAGUGCGUCCAGCGACGGGUUCCCUGGCAGCGCGGGCAUGGGCGGGUUCCCGAUGAGCGCGGGCCUGGAGGGGAUGGGGCGCCGGCAGAGCGGGAUGGCGGGGCCGCGGCAGAUUCUGCCGGGGCAGUUGCCGGGGCCGGGGCAGAGGAAGAGCAGUCUGAGCGUGGGGGGGUCUUGA